CAAUGCUCACCUAGGAGCCGGGUGACACGCCGGCCUCCACGCCGUGCCACGAGCACACGGCCAGGCUGAGGGAACCCUGGCACCAGCCCACAGCAUGGAGCCCAACCCUGAGAUGAAAAGGAAUAGGUUACCCAGCAUGAACUUUGAAGCAGAGAUUCUGGCAGAUCCACACGAUAAUUCAGAGCUGUAUGUCAUCCCUUCUAUGAGAAGUCUCACGGCUGAGGAAUAUGUAGAGGCCUUUCAGUCAUUUUUGGAUCACUCGACAGAGCACCAGUGCAUGGAUGAGUUCAACAAGGAAGUGAUGCCACACAUCAUGGCUGGUCUCGGCAAUGGAAAAUCGACUAUAAACAUCCUGGGAGUGGGGAGUGGCACAGGUGAACAGGAUCUAAAAAUGAUCCAAAUCCUGCAGGCUGCACAUCCAGGGGUCCUUAUUAACAACGAGAUCAUAGAGCCCAACCCACAACACGUGGCUGCCUACAAAGAGCUGGUUAAUCGAGCUUCAGAUCUGCAGGGGGUCUCUUUUACUUGGCACCAGCUUACUUCCUCAGAGUAUGAACAACAGGUGAAAGAGAAAAACACACACAAGAAGUUCGACUUCAUCCAUAUGAUUCAGAUGCUGUACCGUGUGGAAGAUAUUCCUAACACCAUCAAGUUUUUCCACAGCUGCCUCAACCAUCAGGGUAAACUCCUGAUCAUAAUUCUGUCAGACAGCAGCGGUUGGGCCAGCUUAUGGAAGAAGUACAGGCAUUGCUUGCCUUCAACUGACAGUGGCCACUACAUCACCUCCGACAGCAUCACGGCAGUUCUGAGGAAGCUCAGCAUCAAGUACCAUGUUUAUGAGUUCCCAUCGGGCUGGGACAUCACUGAGUGCUUCACUGAGGGGGACCCAGCUGGAGGCCAUAUGAUGGAUUUCCUGACAGGGACAAAAAACUUUCUGGGCACAGCACCAGCAGCUCUGCGGAGCCGUCUGCAGGAGGCUCUCUGCCAGCCUGAAUGCAGCAGCAGGAAGGAUGGGAGAGUCAUUUUCUGCAACAAUCUCAGUAUGAUCGUAGCGGAAUCCUAGAGCCUGGACCAA